UUUUUCUCUCUCCAUCAUUCACACAUUUCUCUUCUAUCCUAUAUCCACUCUACUUGUCAGGCUGCUCCUCCGUCUUCGUCACUAAAAGUUCUUCAUCAUCAUCACCACCACCACCACUUUCGCUUUUCUUCCUACGGGUGCUACUUUCAGCACCGGACAGCUCCCGUCGUUCCCACGCUCCGCCCACCUCCGGCGGACCGGCGGUGAGAAACAACCACACUCUUCUGGUUGUGGCGACACUUUAGGUGGCCUGUUAGGGUUGUGUUGGGAGGGACGGAACUUCGGGAGCAAUUGACUCGUUUACUCCUCUCACAUGGGCUUCUUCGAGGGGGAGUAGGAGAUCUGGAGCAGUCGCUUAUAACGUCUCUACAUAUGGAUGGAUUUCGGUCUGAUGAGGAUUCAGUGAUGAUUUUUUAUGAUUUAGGAGCCUGGAGGCUGUCUGGUCAGCUGUUUGGAUCAUAUUAUGGUUCUGCAACAACGGAGAGGAAGACAGGGACAAUGUGUUUUCUCUGGGGCGGACAAAACAUGCUCGAAAAGAGAAGUGGACAUCAUUUUUAGCGUGAUAAUGUGUAAGCUAGGCUAGGAAAUUUAGUCUCUGUUGUGCGCUUCAUAAACUGCCUCUAAUUCCGUGAAGAAGCUGCGUGCCUUUGGUUAUGCUUGCCACACUGUGCCAAGUGGCCACGGUGUCUCCUCUUUACUUGUGAAACGGAACCAUGGCCCUCCUGGUCGUCCCGCUGCUUCUGCAAACAGGACUUGUUUUAGGGUCAAACUACGGUUAUGUGGAGUGGUCGGAUGAUGACAGAGACGAGAAAAACCCACCAGUGUUCAGCACCCAAAACAUAAACAGGGAGCCGCCCCACCACCCGACCUAUUACUCGCUUCCAUCCACCGAGCGCACGGUGGUAGCGCACAAAAUCGAGGAAGACCUGCCGAGGGUGGUGACCGCCUUUCUGCACACCGGGGACUCCUCGGCGCUGAGGCAGGUCAACUGUUCGCGGAGGUACGAGCUGAGCAGUCUACGAGGCGGCCUACACGUCGCCUCCCACUAUUCCCUGCACAGCAUCCUGGACACUGUAGCGCACGCCACAAACGUCCUGAAUGUGAUCCUGCAGACCAACAGGUCCCGGGAGGAAAGCCUCCGCAGGGACAUCCACUGGUACCACGCGCUGGUUCAGAGCAUCCUCGAGGGGGACCCCAAAAUCCACAGGGUGGUAGUGACCUUCCACACUAAGGCGCCCACUUCGGAGCCCCAUGUUUUCCUCCAGGCGACCAGAACCGAGAAAGCCGUGGUGUUGCAGGACCUGUCCAGCUCAGCGCACCGUCACCUGAAGAGCAGGAGUCUGGAGUCAGACUGGUUUAAUGAGUUUAGGGACGGGAGAAGACCACACAUGCACAGAAGGGUCCCGGAGGCAUCGGGCGCCAAGACUGGAAGCUACCUUCUGGAGAAAAAUCAGAUCAAGUGGUCUGCACCAUACCUGGAGUGUGAAGACGGGGCAUUUGUGCCCUAUUGGCUGCUUACCUUGUCUGCUGGCUUCUAUGGACUCAAGAAUAACUCUGCACCAGAGUUCAGGGGUGUUGUACGUGUGGAUGUGAACCUGCAGGAUGUGGACAUUGACCAGUGUUCCAACAGUGGCUGGUUCGCUGGGACUCAUCGCUGUAAUCUCACCAGCAUGGAAUGCACUCCCAUCGUUGGCCAUGGAUUUGUGUUGGACAAGUACAAGUGCCAGUGCAGGAGAGGAUUCUACCAUCCAAGCAGAGUGGCACUCAAUGGCUUCAAAAGUAAGGGGCAGGUCUCUCACAGACAUGAGACCUCUGAUGUGUCAAACAAGUGCCUGCCGUGCCGUGAAGGCUGUCCCCACUGCCGGGACGACACUCCUUGUCUGGUGCAGGAGGAUAGAACUCUGCGGCUUGCUGUGGCCUCCUCCCAGGGUCUGUGUAUGGUGCUAGACCUGGCCAGCAUGAUGGUGGUCUACCAUUUCAGAAGGAACAAGAGCAUUCGCACAUCUGGUCUCAUCUUGCUGGAAGCCAUCUUGUUUGGGGCGUUACUGCUUUACUUCCCAGUGAUGAUCCUCUACUUCCAUCCCAUUGUGUUUUGGUGUAUCCUCCUGCGAUGGGUUCGCCUUCUGGGUUUCGCCAUCAUGUACGGCACUGUCAUUCUGAAGCUUUACAGGUACUGUAAACUAAAACAAGCACUGUCAUCCAAGGAGUGGUGAGCACCAUGAAUGAAAUGCAGCACUGUCUGUAUGUCUGAUACAUAACACUGAGGUGAAAGCAAGAAACUUAAGGAUAAAUCUAAUAGGCAAGGUUCUACUCUGCUUGUCACCUCUCCUUGUUUGCAGUCCCCUCCUUUACUCUGCUCUAUUUCUACUUCUACUCUCUUUUCUCCUUUCCUUAUGUCCUUGUUUUCUCAUCUCCUAUUCUCUUCUUGUGUCCUUUCUUCCUAUAUCAUCUCCUGUCCUUGUCUAUUCUUGUCUCCUCUUUCUUUGUCCUUUCCAUAUCUUCUCUUCCUAUCUUUGCUUCAUUACUUGUCUCCUUUCCUCUUCAUCUCCUCUCCAAGCCUCUCUAUCUAUUUUCUCUCCUGUCUUCCCACCUUUUCUCCUCAUGUCUCCUUUCCUCACCUCGUCUCUCCUCAUAUUAACUUUCCAUAUGUAUUCGCCUUUCUGUCUCAAUUAUGCAGCACCAUCUUAGCCUGCAGACCUGUGCACACACAAACAUACACAUGUACAUGCAGUCUUGCCAAUAAACACAUUUGU